CAAAAGGGGCGGCCGGCGCUGCAUGGGGGCGGCCGCGCGCCCUGCCCGCUCCGCUCCGCGCCCCGCUCCGCUCGCUCCGCGCCAACAUGUCGGGCAGCGGCGGCGGCGGCAACAGCAGCAGCGCUGUGAAGAAGAGGAGCCCGGCCGGCUCGGCCUCCUCGCUGGCUCAGGAGGAGGAGAAGCAGGCGAUGGAGAAGAUGCUGGAAGCGGCGGGCGGUGGGGCGCAGGAGAACGGCUGCGCCCGCUCGCCCUCGCUCUGCGCCCCGUCUGAGGGGGAAGGGGUGACCCUGCAGCGCUCCAUCACGCUGCUCAACGGCGUGGCCAUCAUCGUGGGCACCAUCAUCGGCUCCGGCAUCUUCGUCACCCCCACCGGUGUGCUGCGGGAGGCCGGCUCGCCGGGGCUGUCGCUGGUGGUGUGGGCCGUCUGCGGGCUCUUCUCCAUCGUGGGUGCCCUCUGCUACGCCGAGCUGGGCACCACCAUCACCAAAUCCGGCGGGGACUACGCCUACAUGCUGGAGGUGUACGGCUCCCUGCCCGCCUUCCUCAAGCUCUGGAUAGAGCUGCUCAUCAUCCGGCCCUCCUCGCAGUACAUCGUGGCUCUGGUCUUUGCCACCUACCUGCUCAAGCCCAUCUUCCCCACCUGCCCGGUGCCUGAUGAGGCUGCCAAGCUGGUGGCCUGCCUCUGUGUCCUGCUCCUCACAGCUGUGAACUGUUACAGUGUGAAAGCUGCUACUCGUGUUCAGGAUGCCUUUGCUGCAGCAAAGCUGCUGGCCCUGGCUCUGAUCAUCAUUCUUGGCUUCGUGCAGCUUGCAAAGGGUGAUGUGUCAAGCCUGGCUCCUGAGCACUCCUUCGAGGGCACAAAAGUAGGCGUGGGGAACACUGUGUUGGCUUUGUACAGCGGUCUCUUUGCCUAUGGAGGAUGGAAUUACUUGAAUUUUGUUACAGAAGAGAUGAUAAAUCCCUACAGAAACCUGCCUCUGGCCAUCAUUAUCUCACUGCCUGUAGUCACUUUGGUUUAUGUGCUGACAAACUUGGCUUACUUCACAACCCUGACGAAGGAGCAGAUGCUGAUGUCCGAAGCCGUGGCUGUGGAUUUUGGGAACUAUCACCUUGGUGUCAUGUCCUGGAUGAUUCCUGUCUUUGUUGGCUUGUCAUGCUUUGGAUCUGUCAAUGGGUCUCUCUUCACUUCUUCCCGGCUGUUCUUUGUGGGAUCCCGAGAAGGACACUUGCCUUCAAUCCUGUCGAUGAUUCACCCCAGGCUUCUUACUCCUGUGCCCUCCCUCAUCUUCACGUGUGUUAUGACCCUGCUCUAUGCCUUCUCCAAUGACAUUUUCUCAGUCAUCAACUUCUUCAGCUUCUUCAACUGGCUGUGUGUGGCUCUGGCCAUCAUCGGCAUGAUGUGGCUGCGUUACAAGAAGCCAGAGCUGGAAAGGCCCAUCAAGGUGAACAUCUGCCUGCCCAUUUUCUUCAUCCUGGCCUGCUUGUUCCUCAUUGCUGUUUCCUUCUGGAUGACACCAAAGGAAUGUGCAAUUGGCUUUGUAAUCAUCUUCAGCGGGAUCCCUGUUUACCUCUUUGGAGUCUGGUGGCAAAACAAGCCCAAGUGGGUUCUCCAAGGCAUCUUCUCUGCCACAGUCCUGUGCCAGAAGCUGAUGGAAGUGGUUCCACAAGAAUCAUAAGCAGGAAGAGCAGAGACACUGAGCUCGAGGAAACGCACAAUAUUAUUUUAAGACGACACAAGGAGAAAAUGCUUCUGACCCCUCGUUAAUAAAACCUGGAGCACCCCAUGGGAGCUGCUGCCUGUCUUGACACCAUGUCCUUGGCUCUGCCUUGUCUCCUCCAGCUCUCCCAUCACCACCCCUGAGCCUGGCAGACAAGCAGCUCUGCAGUGAGAAGUUCUUGGUGUGACCGUGGGCCAGGAGGAGGAAUUCCUGCCAGCAGCUUUAAAGGGGUCCAGCCUGUCCGGCAGCAGCAAGUCUGACCAGCAUCUGUGUGUGUGUGACACUGAGGGCUGCACUUCAGGUCUCUGUAGGCUUUUUUUUUUUGUUUGGGUCUGGGAUCCUCCAGACAAUGUCAAUCUGCGUUGCCAGCCACGCCUGGGGCUCUCACAGAGCCAUAGGGUGGUCCUGAGCCUGGCACACCUGUCUUACCUGUCAAGGAGGGAUGGGUGGGAAGCAGAGGUUGGCUGAUGUUGGCUCCCACGCUCACACACACACACACUCAUACCAAAAUAUGUGCUGCUGGAGGCUUUGGGCUCUGUCCACUGGCAGUGAUUUGGGUGAGACAAAGCAGAGCAGAAUUAGUGUCAGAGAAAUGGUCUGGGGAGGCCUUGUCUGACUCCCUGUGUUCCUGACAAGAGCACUCGGGGUUCCCUGCCACUUCCUGGCUUUUAACUCUCAGAUCCAAACCAUCUCCCUGCUAUUGAGCCUGUCCUCUGGGAUGCUCUUCACCAGAACACCCAUCCUGUGGCCCUGGGAAUUGGCACUGGGGCAGGUGCAGGCCUGAGUGUGGAGUUCCUCCUGAUAAACCCAGAGAAUUGCAAUUAGCAGAAAGCCAAGUCCUUGGCUUGCUAGCCCCAUGUUUUCCUGUAGAUAGGCUGUCAUUCAGCAUGGGAUGAGCAACAUGCUCUCCAAAUGGCCCUGCUCAUUUCCCCUAAACCAUUUGCAAAGAAUAAUUAAGAGUAGGUUUCCUUUGGCUCUUCCCUGGGCUCUGGCUGGGCACUGCCUGUCACCGUGCCCUUUGUUAUGCUGUGUCUCUUCUAGAAUGUGCAGUGGAGAUGGGACCAACUGGGUCUGGUGGUGUAGAAGGGGGCACAUGUCCCCAAAAGGCUGGAGCCUGGCUUUGAUCUCAGUCUGCUGUAGAUGGUCUGGUUUGCUCUAAGAAGCAGGGACUGAGGGCCUGGUCCUCCUUUGAGCAGAACUGCAGCAUCAGGUUUGGCUUGGUAAGAUGCCCCCACCAACAUCCUCCUGUUCAGGGAGGGAUCUUUGAGCACAAACCACCAUCCACACGUGAAGUCUUGUUCUGCUGUUGUGGGUAGUGCAGUCACAUCCCCUGAGCCCACCCAGAAUUCCUCUAGUUCCUGGGUAGUCAAAACUGUCCUCCUAAGAACAUGUUGCUCUACUUGGUCAAAAGCAUCACCCUUUCAGCAAAACAGCAGCUGCUGAACAAUUUGCUCAUUGUGCCUCUGUGCUCAAGGUGAUAGUGGGAAAUCAAAAGCAUCUUGUGAGCUGCUUCAGUCUCUGUGACAAAUCUUUGUGCUUGUGCUUUGUGCAAAUGGGUUGUGGAACUACUUUUUCUCUGCAAUACUUUUUAUGAACUAAGCUGUUUGGAAGCUGGGAUCCUCCAAGAGUUAUUGCUUUCUACUGGAUUCUCCUUUUAGCAUAGAGUUAUUUUGGAUGAAGAGGCAUUAAGGACACCAGUGGUACUAGCUUAUGCUUUGUCCUUUUAAGAAGUUACGUAGUAAAAAACCCGAGAGUGUGUGUUAUAGCAGGUGGCAGCUUCUAUUCAAGUGUGUGUGACAGUGACCAUGGUUAUGGCAGUGAUUGUCUUUGUGCAGCUCUUUGCUGUUGCUUCACCAACCACACGUCUUUGCUUUGAGACAGGGCAGGAGGAGUGGGGGAGCCAAUUGUCACACCAAGAACCUUUGCUGUCAGGUUGCUUCUUCCAGGGCAGCACAGAGAUAGCCAAGGCAGCUCAGUAGCUUCACACAUCAGCGUUGAGCUCUCCUGGAGUUAACUUGCAGCUGGUCUGGGUACAUCUACAGUGUAGAAGAACCCAAAGUUAUGGCCAGGGCCUGGCUGUUCAGGGACCUACAUGCCAUGAAUUGGAGCAUCUCGGAUCCAGUGCCUGCAGGGAGGCAUCUGCAGAAACAAGGUCAUGAGCCACAAAACCUGAAGGCAAUUUUUGGAAUCCUUCCAGAUGAAGGCUGAGAUGUUUGGCAGGGCAGUGAUGGGAAGUUAUGAUUUAUGCUGGACCUUUUUCAUGGAGGGAACCUCAGUCUGUCAUCUCCCAUUUGGUCUGCAGGUUUUGUGGCUGUAAUGGUCUCGGGGCUGGUUUUCUGCAGGGCCUGGGUUCAACGUAGGGACUCUCAGUGCUAACACAGACCAGCAGAAUUAAUUGUGAUGCAAAGCAAAGGGAUUUUAACUCCCAGCCACCUCAGGCCAAUGUAAAUUAGCACUCAAGUCCAAGCCACAGAGAGCUCAGAAAUAGGUCCAGGUCUCCCAAAGGUGUGGAGUUACUUGGUUUGGACAUGUCUUUAAUUGACUUUCAUCAGUGAUGAAGACCAUCACUACACGAUAGCCUCUUGGUGAACCUUUCACACUGGUUUUAAAGAGGAGAUGUCACAGUGAGAAGUAUUUUUUUAUGAAUUAACUGAUCUUAAUUAAAUCCUUAACUCGCUUGCUUUUUAUGAAUUUUUAUGAUUUUUCACUUGCUGCUGAAGAUCUUUCUCUUGUACUAACCUGCUGGCUCUGGCAUUGAUAACAUAUAUUUUGUGGUGAUCUUGCCAGCAUCUCCAUGGCAAUAGAGGUUUAGGAAGAAGCUGAACCAGGUACCAGCACAGAAUGACAAAAAAUGUUGGAUUUGCUCAGCCCCAGCUCACAUCUCAAAGUUUAUCUUUCAGAAACCUGAUUUCUUUUAUCCUUGGUUCAUUGACCCUGAGAGUUCCCCUCCACCAGAGCUUGGUGACAUGGCUGGCAGAGGGUGAGUUAUUUUUUUCCUGGAGUUUAGGGAGAUCAUAAAUAAGCGGGUAAAAACUUUUUAUAAAGAAAACUAAAGCAAUUUUCACUCCAGUGGGUGAAGGGGCUGCUGGCAGCAUCUGCUGUCCAGUAACUCAGAUCAGCAACCAGGAACAUCUGCUGCUGCCCUCAGGGCUUGCUGUGCUCAGCUGGAUUUGGGUAUGGAAAAAGAGACUACACCUCCAGGAAAGACCUCUUGGCUGCUUGUUUUCCACAAAUGUGGAACAAGAUGUUACCGAGGGCAAGGGGAGCAACGGAGACUUCACAGAAAAUUUCUCAUUGUUCCCAACACUGGAUGUGGGAUUUCUCUGUUGUUUCUCUGCCUGCUUGUGCUCUGCUGAGCCCGUGAUCAGUCAUGCCUGUCACCACCCCCCAAGGGAGAUAAACCCUUCCCACAAAGGACACACACAACCGCAGGAACCAUCAGUUUGCUUUCCUAAACAGUAGCUACAGUGAAACAAGGUACCUCGUGAAUCUAUUUCAUAUGACAGUAUUCUGGAAAUACUGCCAGAGCUGCCAGGUCAGUGAGGUUGUACAAUCAUUUGGGUUGGAAAAGACCUUUAAGAUUAAGUCCAACUGUGGAGCCAUGGCUGCGUGUUCCUGCAAGGGGUGGCUGUGCCACAGGAGUCCCUUGGUCCUUGCACUAACCCCCCCUUUCAAUUAUCACUCUUCCUAGCUUGUUUUUAAGUACUUUGAGUCCCAGGCAGUCGUUGUUUGGGUGUUCAUGGAAUAGCAUCCCGCAGGGAUUGCUGAGCGGAAGGGCAGGGACAUACUGGAGCCGGCAGCCAGGUGCUUCCUUAUCCCUUGGCUUCCUCCUUCUACAUGAGAAACCUUCUUCCUGUCUGAGAGGGGAACCAGCCCUGCUCAACCCUGCCAAAUGGUCCGGGCCAAAAAUGGGGGAGAGUUCAGUCAUCCUGGGUGAAUUUUUAUAAUCUUUUAACUUCCUGCAGUAAUUGCAGCGUUUUCCAUCUCAGACACCAUAUUGUGGUGAACAUACUUUUGUUUUUAAUGGGCCCCUCUGUGGAGACUUAAGUUCAAAGUGUCUGCGUUACUGUUGAACAAACUUUAAAGACCCUUCAACUGGAUUGAAAUUCCUAAGAAAUGGCUUUGUUGUUCUCCAGGCCCUCUCCCUGUGGGUGGCUUGGGCAGGGGAAUAAAUCAGGCUUCUCCAUGGGCUCUGCUGUGGGUUUGCCCUGGAUGCCCUGAGGGGGGGGUGGGAGGUGGGGUGGCUGCAGAGCUCUUCCCCACAGCCACAACUUCCCAACCAUGGCAAGAUGGUGGUGGUGGCAGAGUCCUGGUCUGGCUACAGGAAACCAGAGGGCAGGCAUUCUCUCAGUCUGGAAAGGUACCUGUGCCUUCAGCUGAGGCUGCAGUGUUCUUGGGCUUUCAUAAAAAAUAAACAUUAAAAAAAGGAAGGAAACUGCCCAGUGUCCUUACGCAAUGCUCGGGUUGCUCGGGGCUGUGCUUGUGGGACACCAGCUUUUCCAGGCCCUGGCUGCACAACUCGGGUUAUGAUGACAUCCAAGGGGAAGGGGAGGUGGGCCACUGAGAAAGGGCUGGAACAAAAGAUUCCUCCUGGAGCUUGGGAAAGGGCAGCCUAGGGGUGAGAUGGCUCCAGUUCCCCCCCAGGGUUGGUGCUGAGGUCUGCCAGGCGGCGCCGUGACCUCGGCAGAGCCCCAGGAACUGAAUCCCAGCCUUGUGGGAGGUCGCCGACCUGGCUGGAGCUGGGAGCACUUGGCUGCCAACCAGGAAGCGUGGCAGUCGGCUCCUGCCAAUGGGAAUGUGCUCCCAGGGACCUUCCCUGUGCCAGGGUCUCCUGUGAGACCUCGGCAUUGAGGGAUGCUCAAGGGGUUCCUGAUUUCUGGUGGCUUCGUGAGGAAUUGCAGAUGAGCAGCCUGAGGCUGGUUGUGCCUGUACUUGAUGAGUUUCUUCCCAGUUUCCAGGGUUCAAACUGGAAUUCACAGCUGGGGCGGGGGCUGUGUGAGGGUAGGAUGGUGCUGGGAGUCAAAGCAAGUGCCCUUCAGCUGCAUGGAGGAAAUGUGGUUUGGAUUAGGUCACCCCUAACAAACUGAUGUCCAGAGGAUUAUUUCUUUGCUCUUAGCCCCUGUUCCUUGCCUGAGAAGGGGUGCUGCCUCCUCCAGUCGUUGAAGUGUUAAUGAGGAAAAAAAAAAGAUAUAGUAUUUUUUUAAACGUUGAAUUAAUUUUUAAGUGGCCUAAAAAGAGACUAUACCUACACCUGAUGGGGGACAUUCAUCUUGGCCCAGGGGCUCUGCAGGCGCUUGGAUCUUCUCCUCCAGCCCAGCCAGUGGGAUGUGGAGCUGCAGGGUCUGGCUGUGCCUCCUGUGCCAGGAUGAACUUCCCAGGUAGGGAAAAGAUCCUGAUUUGUUCAGAGGGUGAGGUCUGUGUCCCACCUAAAUCCUUGCAGAAGAGGAAUUGUAAGUGGUACUCAGGCUUGCGCCAGCCCAUGGAACAAAAGGAGGGUGAAAUGCACUUCUGGUGAAUGAUCUGACUUUUCAGAGAUACUUUUCUUCUAAAGUUUGUAUUUUUGUUGGGUUUUGAUUGUUUUUUUUUUUCUUAAACAUGGGGGGGGGGAAGAAUCUUAACAUACAGAAGAAAAUCUAGACCUGAUUUACAGUUUUGUUAUAUUUGGUUGCUUUAAAAAUAUUUUACUAAUUUAAAUGUUGCUGUAGAUGACAUUCUAUUUAUUUUAAGGGGUAAAUAUCUUUUAGUCUUAAUACUUCCACAGUCAGCACUGUCUAUUUACACUGUUUGUGUUUCUGCCAACACAGCUAUUCCACCUCUGAUCCAGUGCUGGUCAGCCAGUAGUAACUUCAACAAAUUGCCUUGUAAAACAAGAUGUCUCCUGCAAUGUAUUUUUUUUAAUUAUUCUAGUAUUUCUUGAUUCUUUUAUGUCUGUGGUUAACAAAUUUGUUAAAUGUUUCAGUUGUUACGUGUUUUGGGUUGUUUUGUGUUUUUUUUAACAAAGAACGCUGAAUCACAA